GGUAUUUGAUUGUCGAAAUUGUGAAUCCCUCAUUCGUCAUCAUAUUUUCAUUGUGUGCGUCAAAAAAGGGGGGAGGGGGCUGAGGAGAGGAGAAGAGGUCUAUACUAUUUGAUGUCGUCGAAUACCAGUUUGGGUAGCCCCAGGGAUACAUCCAAGGCGACUCUAGGUAAACCUAAAGCUCCAUUCAGAGAGGUGAAUGACCCUUUGGUGCCAGUUCCUAUAGAAGACAUUUCAGCCGAUGAGAACACUACCGACAGGGGUGGGCAGUCAAGCAGAGGAAGUAAAAGACUUACCACCAGUGAGGAAUGCAUGCCGACAUUGACUACAGGGCAUGAUUUUAUGGCAUCUCUUUUCAACAGCGAUCCGCGAGCAGCCUUUGACGCGCUCCACGUCAACGCUCUUCUUGUGCUGGAGGCAACAGAGGGUCUCCCAAGCUCAAGAUUGAUAGGCCCGCAGUGGUACCUCCCACCGGCUCACCUUUUGGCCUCUAACACUGCCGAGGGGGGGGAGGUCUUCGAGGUACCAAGACUGCAUACGCCCAUCACGGAGAGGCCGGCUAUCGAGCUAGAUAUUAUGAAGAUAGAACGUGUGUUGAGGGCACAGUCGAGUGAAAAACUGGAACGGGUCAUGCCGAUGGAACUCUAUGCUACUCUUAAAAAGUAUUAUAGAGCUCGUAAUGUGGGGAAGCGGCAUAGAGAUUGA